CCCCCACCCCCCCAACCCCCACCACCACCCCCACCACCUUCUGUCGAAGGAGAAGCAGUCCGUGCAGCCGCCGAUCACUCACGAUGGCCGCGUCGGAGAUGGGUGUGCAGGGCCCGCUCAAAGACUUCAUCCUCACUUUUGUGAUGCCGGAAAAGUGCUACGACCACUUCUUCGUCCACUUUAACUUUGCGCACGUGCCCUGCCUCAUGCUCGUGCUGAACAGCUCUGUGGGACUGUGGGUCAUGCUGGGCACCAUGAUGGCUCAGCUGCCGCAGGUCUAUCGCAUACUGAGCUGCAGGCGUGCAGAGGGCCUGAGUCUGCCGUCGGUCCUGCUGCUGCUCUACGCCCACUCGGCUCCGGUGGUCUACUGCGUGGUGAACAGCUUCCCCCUCAGUGCGUGGGGGGACAGGCUGUUCAUGCUGAAGCAGAGUGCCCUGACCAGCUUCCUCAUCCUCCAUUACCGUGGACACACCCUCCAAGGUCUGUUGCUCCUCUUGACCUACAGUGGUGUAAUGUUCCUCCUGUGCUCCUAUGGAUGGACAGCAGCCAAUUCAAAAAUGGAGGCUUUCAGCAUGGCACUUGUGAUCGCAAGCAAGGUGAUCCAGGCUCGUACGACCUACUCCAUUGGUCACAAGGGCCAGCUCUCCAGUCUCUCUGUGUUUCUGGUGUGGCUUGGCUCCUGGGCUCUCACGUUUGUCUCGGUACAGGAGACAGGACUGUCGCUCUAUACUAUGGUCCACAUGCUGUCUGCCUUUGUCAGCUGUGUCCAGCUGGCCCAAGUCCUGUGGUACAGAAACACCAGCAGCAGCACCAGCAGCACUACCAGAGACAAGCAGGACUAGUGGUAGACUAGUAUGGAAGGACAUAGUACAGUUAACUUACUUCAAGUAUCAAAGCAAAUUGAAAAAUAAAAAUGUAGUU